AUGCCAGCAAAAAAAUCUGUCAAAGAUGAUUCAGAGAAAUGGGAAUCAAAAAAAGAAUUUCAAAAUCUCCAAAAUUCCAUCAUAGCUUUGGAACAAGAGAUGUCUGUAUUACAUAUAAAGCUUAAAAAUAUUUCUCAACAUUGUCAAUAUUUAUAUUUUUCUAUAUACAACUAUGAUAGCUGUUUCUCUAAUAUGGACUGUUUUGAAUUCAAUCAAUCUAAUUCAAAGAUAAAUACCGGUCCAUCAAGUUCUAACUCUAAAUGUGAACUGAAUCCAGCAAAGAAGUUAUUUCAACUAGAAGAAUGUAUUAAUAAACUUAAAAAACUUGUAAAGUUUCAAAAGAAUUGCUCUGAAGUAGAUGUUGAUGUUGGAUAUGUCAGGAUCGAUUGUCUUGACAUUGGGAACUUUAUUGAAUCUGAAAUUAAUGAAUUAGCAGUUAGUGAUGAUGAUGUUAUUAAUACAGUCUAUCAAACAAAUUUGCUAGUAAAUUUAGAUACAACUCCAGAUGUAACAGCUAAAGAUGUUGCUGCUCUUGUCAUCACUGAAAUAGAAGGUGGUAAUGAUUUUUCAUGGAAGUAA